UGAAGAAGUUAGAUGAAGACAGUUUAACAAAACAACCCGAGGAAGUAUUUGAUGUGUUGGAGAAGCUUGGAGAAGGUUCCUAUGGCAGUGUGUUCAAAGCCAUUCAUAAAGAAACGGGUCAAGUUGUUGCAAUUAAACAAGUUCCUGUGGAAUCUGACCUGCAAGAGAUUAUAAAGGAAAUAUCCAUAAUGCAGCAAUGUGACAGUCCUCAUGUCGUGAAAUAUUACGGCAGCUAUUUUAAGAACACAGACCUGUGGAUAGUCAUGGAAUACUGCGGCGCUGGAUCUGUGUCUGAUAUUAUUCGAUUACGAAAUAAGACGCUCACAGAGGAGGAAAUUGCUACAAUAGUACAAUCAACGCUGAAAGGCCUAGAGUACCUGCAUUUUAUGAGGAAAAUACACAGGGACAUCAAAGCUGGAAAUAUAUUGCUAAAUACAGAGGGCCAUGCUAAACUUGCAGAUUUCGGAGUGGCAGGACAACUUACAGACACCAUGGCAAAGCGGAACACAGUUAUAGGGACCCCAUUUUGGAUGGCUCCAGAAGUGAUCCAAGAAAUCGGGUAUAAUUGUGUUGCAGACAUCUGGUCCCUGGGAAUCACGGCAAUAGAAAUGGCUGAGGGCAAACCACCGUAUGCAGAUAUUCACCCCAUGAGGGCAAUUUUCAUGAUUCCCACCAAUCCACCGCCAACAUUCCGGAAACCAGAGCUCUGGUCAGACAAUUUCACGGACUUUGUAAAACAGUGUCUUGUUAAGAGCCCGGAGCAGCGUGCCACUGCAACACAGCUGCUGCAGCAUCCAUUUGUUAAAAGUGCCAAAGGAGUGUCAAUCCUGCGAGACUUGAUUAAUGAAGCAAUGGAUAUCAAGCUGAAACGUCAGGAGGCUCAACAGCGUGAACUAGAUCAGGAGGAUGAAGAAAAUUCAGAAGAAGAUGAAACCGAUUCAGGUACCAUGGUGAGGGCGAGUGGAGAUGAAACUGGUACCAUAAGAGCUGUCAACACGAUGAGUGAUGGAGCCAACACAAUGAUAGAACAUGAUGAUACCUUGGAAUCCCAGCUGGGUACAAUGGUCAUAAACACCGAAGAGGAAGAGGAGGAGGGCACCAUGAAAC